AUGCAGGCAGCAGGAAUCAUGGCAAGCGGCACAUUAAGUGCAAUGACGACAGGCGAAAAUGUCACGAUCGGCGGUCUCUGUGUGCAACUUCUCUUCUUUACCGUCUUCGUGAUCACAUCUGUCGUCUUUCACAUUCGGAUUCGCUCAAAACAAGCGCAGCAAAUUAUCGGAGUUCAACGGGAUCAUCGCGGGAGACCUGUUCGUAGCUGGGAAAAUGUCCUUUGGGGGCUAUACUUUGCCAGUAUCUUGAUUCUGGUGAGGUCUGUCUUCCGUCUUGUGGAAUACGCACAGGGAAAUGAUGGCUAUUUGAUUAGUCAUGAGGCAUUCAUGUAUGUUUUUGACGCCACUUUAAUGCUUUUUGCGAUGGUCGCGAUGAACGUGUUUCACCCGUGCACGGUUUUAACUCCAUCCUCGAAAAACGGCCGUCACCAAUUGGGGGAUCAAAUGCAAGAAGCACAAAUGGGUCCUGUUUGA